CCUGUGCCUGUCACUCAACCCCACAUCAGACUUCGCGACUCCGACGAUUCUCCCUGCGACAAAAAAACACUCAAUUCCCUCCCACCACCCCUCCAACUCACCUCCUCCCGCUGCUUAGAUGUCCGUGCUCUCGACCAUUUGCCGCGGCUUCGCAGCUAGCAAGACUCGCCUCGCCGGCAUUACCAGCGGCAAUGGCCGCUUGAUCGGCGGCACCACCGGCGGAACAAUCCUCAAGGCCGUCGCUCUGCGCGGUGUCUACAACUUCCCUCACCACCAGGAGCCGAUCCGCCGGUUUUCAGCCGCCUCGGUUUUCUGCGAAGAGGUGAAGGAGUCGGCGCUCGAAUACGAUCGCAUCGCCAGGUCGACACUCGAGAGCUUGAGCGAAGCGCUCGAUGGUCUCGCCGAGGCGCAGGAGGGAUACGAUCUUGAGUAUUCCGCCGGCGUGAUGUCCUUCAGCUCGCCCAAGGGCGUCUUCGUCAUCAACAAGCAGCCGCCUAACAGGCAGAUCUGGCUCUCGUCGCCCGUCUCCGGCCCACUACAGUUCCGUUACGACCGCGGUAUCAAUGCCUGGGUUGACAUCCGCGGCUCCGGUAAGACGCUCGCCUCGGUCAUGAAGGAGGAGUUGGGUAUUCAAUUCGAAGUCUACGCCUAGCCUUAACAGCUGGAAUUUCGAUACGCCAAUGCUCGAGUUGUUUUCGACUGCGAUACCUUUUCUUUUUCUUUUCGUGCUCGAAUAAAAAGAACAUGGACGGACGGGCGUUGUGGAGUGCAUUUUUCUCUUUCUUCACGAUUGUUUUUUCUUCUCAUUUUCUGUUGUUUGAACUUGGUGGAGCAUGAUCUGGGGGGCUUUUUACAUCAUUUGACUGGAGGGAUGCGGGGCAUCAAGGCGUUUGAAAGUUGCACUUCGGUCUUCCAUCGGUGUAGACCCAUUCAAAGCUUGUGUUUGUGCUAUAACCCGCCAACCUGGUACUCAUAUACCUACCUCGACUCCGG